AUGGCCAUAGCAUCAUCCCCGUGCAGAGUGGACAUCAGAGCCACCUCCCUCCCACCCAUCUACACCCCAACCGGCUUCUCCAAACCCAGCCAGCCGCCACGGCCUACCGCCGCCGUUCCCUUCUCGAUCUACACCGCCAAACUCCUCGUCUACGUCCUCUCUACGGGCGUCCUCCUCUUCGUCCUCUCCCAAAUCUCCCUCCUCCAAUCUCAGUCGACUCCUUCCCCUCGAUGGCCCCUCUCCCUCGUGCACCGAUGGCAGAGAGUCAUCGCUCCCGACCCCGCCACCGAGAGGCUGCGGGACGCGGUCACCUUCCUCCCGCUCAAGGACCAGCGCUUCGCCGACCGACCCGCCGAGGGCCACACCUGGUUCAUGAGCUCGCUCAACGAUACCAGCAUUGGCAGCGGGCCCCAGCGCCUGCGCUUCCCGUCGGACAGCUCGAAGGGCCGGGUGCUAUGCCUCAAGGGACGCGACGUCCAUGACGGCUCGCGGAACUACUAUGCUCUCGCAUGGCCCGACGCCCUCCCACGCGACGCCACCUUCUUGAGCGGCCUCACUUUCGUGUCCUACAACCACUACGACUACGGCAACAUAUGGCACGGCUUGUCGACCGUGUUCCCGUUCGUGGCAUGGCACCAGGAGCAAGGCUGCCGCCACCUGCCCGAGCGGUGGGUGCUGUACCACUGGGGCGAGCUCCGGCCCGGAAUGGCCCCAUGGCUGAGCAAGCUGAUGGAGGCCACUUUCGGGAAGCCACCCUCUGUAGAAAUAUUUGAUAAAAUCGAGGAGGACGGCUCCGUCUGCUUCGAGGACGCUGUGGUGACGAGGCACAACGAAGGAGGGAUGUCUAUGGAGAGGAUGAUCGAGGCCUACGAAUUGCUGAGGUGCAGGGUGAGGAGAUACUGCAACUUGAGUUCGGAGGACGACGGUGAUGGUAACAACGGUAACACGAUCCGUUUGACGUUGUUGAUGAGACGGGGAGCGAGGUCGUUCAGGAAUGAGUCGGCGGUGGUCGGGAAUUUCCAGAGGGAGUGCGAUAAGGUCGAAGGCUGUAGGCUUACGGUGGCUCGCUCCGACGAUCUCAGUUUCUGUGACCAGGUGAAACUGAUGAGUACGACGGACGUGUUGGCGUCGCCACACGGGGCGCAGCUGACCAAUCUGUUCAUCAUGGACCGAAACAGCAGUGUGAUGGAGUUCUAUCCCAAAGGGUGGCUGCGCUAUGCCGGGGUCGGCCAAUAUGUGUUCCAAUGGCUGUCGAGCUGGUCGGGGAUGAGGCACCAGGGCGCCUGGUGGGACCCGAUCGGCCACAAAUGUCCCUACCCGGAGGGCGACAUCAGAUGCUUCAACAUUUACAAGAACGGCCAGAUCGGGCACAAUCAGACCCAUUUUAGCGAGUGGACGAGAAAGGUUCUCGGUGAGGUGAAGCUAAGAAAGAAUGCAGAUACCGUUCCGAAGAGGAAGCAGGACCCUAUCGGUGGUUGUGCUUGCAGCUAG